AUGACUCGCGAAGUUAUCUACUCUGAGCAGUUCCCGCUCAAGCCUCACAAUGCCCCCGCCGUCAAGGUUCCCGGCCUCGUGUUCCUCGCCGGCCAGACUGCGACAGGCGAGAUCAAGGCUGCCACUACCACGGCUUUGAACAAUCUCAAGGCCGUUCUCGAGCUCUCGGGCUCUAGCGUGGACAAGAUUGUGAAAGUUAACGUCUGGCUGCAAGACAUGGCCGACUUUGCGGCCAUGAACGAAGUGUACAUUGAUUUCUUCCCCAAGCCCUGCCCCGCUCGCACCUGUAUCCAGGCUGGCUGUCUGCCUGGCGGCUCAUCGAUUGAGAUCGAAGCCAUUGCUCAGGUUUAA